AUGCCACUCGCCGACGACGACGGCCGCCUCUUCUGGUGCGACGAAUGCCGCCGCGUCGUCCGCAUUCUCUCCUCCCAUAUCUUCUGCCCUUUCUGCUACGGCCGAUUUCUCCACGAUAUCCCGACCGUGGCACCGCCACCGCAACGCUCUGCCCCUCCCACUGUACACCCGGGAGACUACUUCGCCGGGUCCGACAUAGAACCUCUCAUCGAGGAGCUCACCCGGAACGACCGCCCGGGCCUGCCCCCCGCGCCGGCCUCGGCCAUCGCAUCAAUUCCGACCGUUUUCAUAACCGACGACCGUACUUUGCAGUGCCCGGCGUGCAAGGAGGAGUUUGCGGUCGGGGCGGAGGCGCGGGAGAUGCCGUGCGAGCACGUGUUCCACUCCGAAUGCAUCGUGCCGUGGCUCACCGCCCAUAACUCGUGCCCCGUUUGCCGGUUUCAGCUGCCCGGUGAUGGCGGCAGCGGCGGCGGCUCCAACGACGGCCAGAGAGACGCGGGUUUGAAUUCGUGGGCUUGGCGGGAACAUGAUGACUACUGGAUUAGUGGGCCGGCCCACGAUCAUUUCGAUAAUGAUGGUGAUACUAAUAACGAUGUGAUGAUGCUUCUACAUGUCUUUGUUGUUGUUUCGCUCUGUUUUAUUUUCUACUCUUUCUUUGUAUAG